AUGUCAUCUGAAACCGCGAAACUUCGAAAAAUUGUGCACCAGACAAUUGAGGAAUUGUCAGAUACUGUGAAUUCCGACAAACUUUUGGAAUUGCUUCCAAAUUUACAUGCGUCUGGAUGGGAUGAGCUAAUCGAAGAGAGAUUUGUAAGCAAGCUCUGCGGAUAUCCGACAUGUUCUAGAGAAUCGCGUCCAUCUCUCGGAAGGCAAAUGUUUCAAAUUGACAGAAAAUCGGGAAAAAUUUAUGAAAACUGUAAAGAAAGAUACAAAUUCUGCUCUGAUAACUGUUUCGAGAAAUCGAUCUCAAUAAGGAAGCAAUUGAAUGAUGAAGCAUUAUGGAUUACAGGAAAAAUUUCUUCUAGAAUGGAAAAGAAAUUUGAGCUUCCACAGGAUAUAGUGAAACUCAUCGAAGAAAUAACAAAUGAAGAAAAAACACCAAAAAAGGUUAAGCCUGUCGAUAAGGAAAUUCAUUUGGUUGAAGACUCGAUCCUCGCUCAAAUGACAGAUUUGAGAAUUCGAGAUGAGGAAAGUGAUAAAGAAAAUUCUGGAGACGAUGAUGAUGAUGAGUUCAAGCAUAUUGAACCAUACAAAAAAUGCGCGGAUGAUGAAGAGUUUCUCGAGUCUGUGCAUCGUUUUGUUGCUACGAAACCAUCAACUUCAAAAGUUGAGACUCCGAAAAAAAUUGAAAAAACUCUAGAAAAAAAGGAGGAGUUGCAGAAAAAAGAAGAAGAAAUCUUAGCCAAAUUACGCGCAAAAUAUGGCAAAGGAACUCAAACGACAAGAAAACCAAUAACUAUUAUUGAACCAUUGCCGAUGAAGCCAAAAAGAAUCAAUAAUGUAGAUGACAUCCAAGUUAAAACGGAAAUAAAGGUGAAAAAGGAUGAAAACUCGAGAAACUCGUGGCUUCAUGAACUUCUUAGAAGCUGGAUAAGCGAAGAAACUCGAAAAAUGAUUCACGAAGGUUAUCGACCGGUUGGCGGAGAAGUCGAAAAAUUGCUUAUGGAUUUUCUAGCCGGAAAAUCUACUGACGAGAACAAAGUGGAAUUGCCAAAUUUGGAUAAAUUCAAUAUUAAAGAGAAGCGUUUAAACAUUCUGUUGCAAUCUCUAAAAUUGCCUUGGAUUGCAUUGGAAGAAUCGCUGCAAUUGUGCACAUCGCGACGAGACCUUCUGCCGAGACUUUGCGCCACAUUCAAUUUGACAGCCGAAAAUAUUGCGGGAUGGAAUAAGCGCGAGAUUCAAUGCAUCACUUAUGCAUUAUUUGUGAUAAUAUGUCGAGUAGACAGCGAACUUGAGGAUGAAUUUUUCCAAAAAGGCCGAAUUUCUGAUAAAUUGGUGGAAUCGGCGAAAGACAAAUGCCAACUCGAAACUACGGACCUAAUUGAGAUUUAUGGAAUUUUCAGAGAAUCUAAUUGCUGA